AUGGAAGCAUCAUCUUUACAAUCGAAAAACAUAUCAACAACACAAACUACAACGUCAAAUCUAACUACAUCUUCAACACGUUCGUCUUUACCAUCACAACAGAAGAUUAAAAAAAAAACGAAGUUGGAUAUAACAUCAACAUCAUCAAAGUCAUAUUCGAAAGUACCAUUGGAUAGAUACUCAAUAAUACAAACUCAAGUGUUAUUGUCUCUUAUUUUCAAGACAAAUUGUGAAGCUUGUAGAAAUCGUUGGAGUGGAAAUAUGAACAUCAACAAGCGCGAAGGUUUAUUCCUGAUAUUAUCUUUUCAAUGUUCAAUAUGUCAAAACAUAAUCACCAUUGAAACAAGUCCGAAGAUUGUUGCAUCAGAUCGCCGAGACAUCAACGUAAGAUCAAAAAUAAGUGGUCAUUUAUGUGGUAUCAGACAUGCUGGAUUAGUGAAGUUGAUGGGUGCUCUGAAUUUACCGAGUCCCAUUCAAGAUGAAAGAUAUUCCAAAUGGGAUAGAAAUUUACUAAUUGUAGUAAAAUCAUCCACCGGAAGAUCGAUGAAGAAAGCAGUAGAGGAAACUGUAGCUGCUGAAAAUGGUACAGAAUUAAUGGUUAGUGGAGAUGGAUUCUGGCAGACUCGAGGUGCACUUUUUAUUAAAAAAUCCAAUCCUGCUAAAUAUGAAAAUAUUAUUAGAACGCAUCGAUGUGAAAAAAAUUAUGAAAAAAGUUCUGAUACAAUGGAAUCUGCUGCUAUUCUUACUAUGUUCAAACGAUCAGUUUCAAAAUAUGGAGUUUACUAUACUAAGUACGUUGGUGAUGGUGAUUCAAAAACCUUCCCAGUGCUUUCAAAAAUCGUACCUUAUCCAGGAAAAGAAAUUAAAAAAAUCGAAGACUUGAAUCAUUUUAGCAAAAGAAUGAAACGAGGAUUAGAAACAAUAAAACAUGAACACGGACGAAAAAAACUAUCUGAUGGUAAAACAAUUGGUGGUAAAAAUCGUCUAUCUGUUCAUAAUAUACUUCGAUUACAAAUGACAUUGGCCUCUACCAUUCGAAAGUUCAAGCAUGAUCUAGAUUUAUUAUUUAAAGGAUCUUGGGCAAUAUUUUGGCAUAAAUAUUCGACCAAUGAUGAUCCUCGUCAUGAUUAUUGCAGUAUCGAUUGGUGUGGCUAUUUGAAAUCUGUUCAUGAUAAAACUCCAUAUGAUCAUACGUCGCAUGCUAUACGUCGUCCUGUACUUCAUGCAAUUAAACCAGUUUUUAACAAUCUUUGUUCAUGA